AUGUCGGUUUCCGGAUGUUCGUUAGUUUCCGCGCAUCAUCAAAAGUUUAACCACAGAAACCUCACAUUUAACUUAAUCAUGAGAGUGUUAAUAUUAGGUUCCACAGGUCUUGUUGGGAAUGAAGUAUUAAAGAAAUUGGUUGAAAAUAAGUCAGUUGAAUCUAUUACCACUAUAACUAGGUCCAAAGUGGAAAUUGAAAAUGAAAAGAUUAAGCAAGUUGUCUUGCCUUUAGAUCAGUGGUUUACAGAUAGCAACAAUUUCAAAGAUAUCGAUGUUGCUAUUAGUUCUUUCGGAACUACCAGAGCUGCUGCUGGAGGAAUUGACAACUUCAAAAAGAUUGAUUACGGUACAAACCUUGACUUUGCUAAGGCUUGUAAAAGUCAAGAAGUUUCUAAAUUUAUCUUGGUUAGUACUGGAAUGGCAAAUCCGAACUCCAUGUUUCCAUAUUUGAGGAUCAAAGGUGAAUUAGAAAGAGACAUUGAGGCAUUGGGUUUUGAUGAUUAUUUCUUCUUAAGACCUGGUGGUUUGAUUGGUAAAAGAAAGCCUGGUAAGUCUAAAGGUUUUGGUGAGGGUUUAAUGCAAAAACUUGGUGUUCAUUGGCCAUUUAGCCUCGCUAUCAGGCCAACGAAAGUGGAAAUCAUAGCCGACUAUAUCAAUCUUCUUAUCAGCAAAGAAGGUAAAAAAGUAUGUGAAUAUGAUGAUAUAAUGAAUAGCAAAGUUUAA